CUGUGGCUUCCUGCUGCCUGAUCCUCUCCGCUGCAGACGGAUCAGAGUGAAGCUUCUCUCCGCUCACGACGUGUAGAGUUGCUCUGCAAACAUCAGGAUGUCUGUGCCGCAGCAGCUGCGAGAGGAGAGUGACUUUGAUCAGCUGCCUCAUAACAUCGCCAUCAGCGCCACCAUCGCUGAUGUGGAGGAGAACAAAGGCUUCAUCGAUUACUUUAUGUUUGUGAUGGAGGUGAAGACUAAAGGAGGGAGCAAGUACCUCACCUACAGGAGGUACAGAGAGUUCUUCAACCUCCACCAGGUCCUCGAAUCCAAAUACUCCCCUGAAGACCCGGAGAGGCCCGGUCCAAACACCUGCGUCCUGCCGUCUCUUCCAGGUGAGCGGUGUCUGGUUUCCACAUUGUUCACAUUCACUGUCUGUGAGGCCCUCGGCUGCACGGACAAGUUAUCAGACCUCCAAUGCUGAUAAGCUUCCUGUUGACAUGGAUUGAACCUCCUGAAUAAAUGUCUGAGUGACAUAGAGACGUCGUAUACGUCUCUGGUAGAGACCUGUCAAUCA